AAGGCAAAUUUGACUCUAGAUAUAAGCCAGGAACAUCUCGAAUUAAACAAAACAUUUGUAAAAAGUCUUUGUGUGAUGUCUAUCGAGGCCCAUCAGUUGUGAUAUUCGACAGCUUAGUCGACAGUCAAAUCCAAGAGAACAUCAAAACGUUUUUCGUUUGCUCUCCUUCACCAAAAUGGAAAUUGGCACGUCGGUAUCAACGCUGGUUAGCAAUUCGCCAGCUGAGGACGAUGCAAAAAUAAAGAGUUCUAGGAAGAGCUUCCUUAUCGGCGCUGGAGCUUUAACAUGUGCUGUAGGAUUUGUCAUAGCCACUGGUCUUCUUGCCGACCAAGUGUUUCGUUCCAGAAAACAUUUGGAAAAUGUUCGUGAAGAGCUCCGUGAGAUAAAAGGAGAACAAAAGGAUCGUCUUAAGCAAGAAGAUCCUGUUUGCUUUACAAAAGAGUGUAUCUUAUCAGCCGCUGCUCUAAUGGAAUCGAUGGAUGAGUCGGUUGAUCCUUGCCAAGAUUUCUACCAAUUCGCUUGCGGUGGAUGGAGAAAGAAAAACGUUAUUCCUAAUGGUUAUGGACGUGUAUCACAGUUUGGUAUUUUGGACGGCAGGAUACAGCGAUUCAUUAAAGAGUUCUUUAAACAGAACAGCACCAUGUUCGAUUCCAAACCGAUCAAUAACACACGGGAUAUGUACAGAGCUUGUUUGGAUACUGGCGCAAUUGCGAAAUUGGGAAUCACUCCACUUGUUAAAAUGUUGGAUUCUUACGGCCAGUGGCCAAUGACUGUUUCUAAUUGGACGGAAGAUCGUUUCGAUUGGCGAAAAGCCAGUGCAUCCAUCCGGAAUACGUUCGGUGAUGGUUUCCUUUUUGAAGUAACUAAUUUCGUCGACGUUAACAACACCGAAUACAGCACGAUUUAUUUGGACCAGCCUCCCCUGGGAUUACCGAGUUUCAUUCUCCAAGGCCAAAAUUUAACAAGCUCUUCUUCCAAGGCUUACUUAUCAUUCAUCUCCGGUGCAGCUAUCGCCAUAAGGGAUGCAAUCGGUGGAGGAGCCAACGACAUCGAUAUUGUCAAAGACAUUGAAGACUUGAUCAGUUUUCACAUCGAACUAGCCAAUAUUCUGACUCCGGAGGAACCUCGCGCAAAAUGGAACUUGACACGAUUUUACAAUCCCUUUUCACUGUCAGAACUACAAGCGUUGACGGACGAAGCCAAUGCAACUGAUCCUGUUGGCCAAAUCGACUGGCACGAACUUCUCACGGACAUUUAUGGAAUAGCUAACGUCUCCAUUAGCCAUGACGAGAAGAUUGUUGUUAUCGAACCAGAAUACUUCCAGAAAUUGGUUCAGCUGCUGGACCAAACAUCACCAAGAGUAAUUGCUAAUUUUAUUCACUGGCGACUUGUUCUUGAGAACAUUAAUGACGUCAACAUUGAAAUGACGGUUUUGGCCAUAGAAUUUUAUGAUGCUAUUUUCGGGCGAUUCCGAAUGCCUCCUAGGCAGGGCUGGUGCAUGAAGCGAGUACAUAGAUUGAUGGGAUUCGCCAUCGGUGCUAAAUAUGUGGAGGAUUCAUUCGAUCCACAAGCUAAGAUCGACAUGCAAGAGAUGAUUCUCAAUUUAAAAAUGGCCUUCAGCUCUCUUGUAGAGGAUUCCAACUGGAUGGACGAGGAGACGAAAAUCAAUGCGCUAGAGAAAGCGGCAGCUAUGAAAGAGUAUAUCGGUUAUCCAGAUUGGAUCACCAAUAGAACUACACUUGAACUGGCCUAUCACGGAAUUAAUACCAAACCGGACACGCAUUUCGAUAAUUUUCAAUCUGCCAAACGAUUUAUGGUGAAGAACAAUUUAAAGUUUCUUCGCUUCAGAACCAAUCGUGAUAAUUUGUGGAUCUCAUUCCCAGCUGUUGUGAAUGCAUUUUACUAUCCAAUGCUAAAUUCCAUAACUUUCCCUGCUGGAAUCUUACAACCACCUUUUUAUGGCAAAGGACGUCUAGCUGCCCUUAACUACGGUGCUAUUGGCGUGGUGAUUGGCCACGAGAUAACCCAUGGUUUCGAUCACAACGGUCACAAGAGCGAUAAGAAAGGUCAUGAGAGAUCCUGGUGGACCAACCAUACGCUAGCUGAAUUUUACAAAAGGAAGCAAUGCAUCAUAGACCAGUAUAGCAAUUACACCCUACCGGAACUCGAGGGAACCGAUGCUUUUCACGUUAACGGCACUAACACACAAGGGGAAAACAUAGCAGACAAUGGUGGUCUUAGAGAAGCCUUUCGGGCCUAUCAAAAUUACAUCUCCUCGAACGGUCCUGAAAAGCGAUUGCCCGGUUUGGAACAGUACACCCCCGAGCAGAUAUUCUUCCUCUCUUACGCAAAUGUUUGGUGCAGCGAACAAACUUCGGAAAGUCUCGAGUAUCAAAUUCUCUACGGUGUUCAUAGUCCGGGCCGAUAUCGCGUCAUAGGACCGCUCUCCAAUUCGGUCGACUUUGUACAACAUUUUCAAUGCCCCGUUGAUUCUCCAAUGAAUCGACCCGAAAAAUGUACUGUCUGGUAACAAAACGCUUGUUAAAUUAACAAAUAUCAAUCAUCAGUUUUAUCAAGUGAAUGUUUUCCUUGCCUUUCUUGCACAAUUCACACUGUAACUAAAGUAGACCAACAGCGAUGCACUUAACUGUGAAAACGGACCAACCAUAAAUUGAGAAUAUUUCUUGAUUUAUUUUGUAUUGCAUUAACAUGCAAUACUCUGUAACGGAAUCGUACACUGAUUUUAUAUACAAGCCGUUUAGCCGAGAA